AUGGGAAAAGCCAGAAGAAGACUGAAAAGUGACCUGAUCGAGACGAAGGAGACUGAAGAGAUGAUGAGGAAGAACCCUGCCCCAGCCACUUCCUCCGAGGUCCCCGAGAAUGUCUCCGCCUCAACCUCCACCUCCAUCCCGGCCGGCGCCAGCCAACCGAGACCAGCGAAGCCGAAAUUUCCUGCAGACGGGCUGCCAACCUUGGAGCCCUGGAUGAAGCAGACGGUCGUGCUGCAGCUGAAAGAGGUGAACGGAAGAGUCCCUGACAUGACCUCGGAGAUCUUCGGAAAGAAGAUGAUCCUGGAGCAGGGCUUCAGCAAAGCGGAGACGCUUUCGGUGCAGUCCUUCGCAAGAGGGAUCUUCUACAUCACUUUCGGGUCUUUCCAAGUCUGCAGACGAUACUGGGAGAUGGUGAAGACCAGUGGCCCUGAAUCCCCUUUUCGGAAGUUCGUUGCGAACUGCCCUAUAACACAGGACGAGAAGUGGGUGACGGUGGCCAUGCGGAAUCCCCAUACCCAAAGCAGAGACAUAACCACCUACCUACAGAGGUUUUGCACCGUGGUAAAGGACCCAGUCCGAAUCCUUGAUGUCAACGGCUUCUGGAUUGGGAAGUGGUCUGUGCUAUGCAAGCUCAGGAAAGACCGUUCGGGGGACUUACAGCACCUGCAGGCGUGCUUCUCGCUAGGAUCAUCUGCAGGACACCUUUUCUACUCCGGGAUACCCUACAACUGCAACAGAUGUGGCCGUCCCGGACACAUGGGAAAGGAGUGUACAGAACUUGCUUGCAAGAUCUGUCGGGUUACAGGCCACGAGACCAAGGACUGUCCUAGGCCCAAAGCCUGCAACCUCUGCGGAUUGCCAGAGCACACCUUCAGGCACUGCCCCCAAAGGACCCGGACCUAUGCUGGAGCCCUGAUCCAGGGUAAACCAGCCUCCAGCUCUGGGAAGAAGCCGACCGAAAGCAAACCAAAAGAGCCUCGGAAGGCCACAGAGCUAUUCGCCCAAAGCAUCAGACGGAACCCAGAGAUCAGAGGGAUUACCGCACCAGGACCGGAAAGACGGGAGGUCAAGUGCUCGCUCUACAUGGAUGACGUGACGGUGUUCUGUGCCGACCAGCGCUCCAUCGACACACUCGUCCAGACGUGCGAGGACUUCGGCCAAGCUUCGGGGGCAAAGGUCAACUGCGGGAAGUCGGAAGUCAUGCUCUUCGGAAAGUGGUUCCUGCCUUCUUCUGCACCCAUACCGUUCAGCCUCAAAGCGGAUUUCAUCAAAAUUCUUGGAGUCUGGUUUGGAGCGGAGGGCGCAGCCCUGAAGUCCUGGGAGGAAAGACUGGCUAAGAUGAGACAGAAGUUUGGACUUUGGAGCAACAGAGUACUUACCAUCGAAGGGAAAACACUGGUACUCCGCAGCGAGAUUCUCCCUGUGUUGCAGUACCUCGCCCAGGCCUGGCCCCCCCAGGACAACACCUGCAAGGCCAUCACCAGGGCGGUGUUUCACUUCAUCUGGGGCUCCAAAAUGGACAGAGUAAAGCGGACUGUUAUGUUCAAGGAACCUCUCAAGGGCGGUAAGGGCGUGCCUGACAUCGCCACAUUACUGAGGGUGUUCUUUGCCUGUAACUGCAUCCGCAGGACUUUGGUUGACAGAACUGUGGACUCUGGCGGUAACUCCAUGUCCCGUUUUUUCCUCCUGCCUCUUUGGAGGUCUCUUGGAUGGGACAAAUGGGACAGUUCCGUCCCCUACAACUGGGACCCUCCAUGGUAUUACUUGGAUACUUUCAAGUUCAUCAAGGAGCUGGGGCUGCAUGGAGUUAAGCCUGACUUGUGGAAGCCAAAAACUAUCUACAAGUUGAUCAGAGCAUCGGACAUCUUGGAGUCGAUUCCAGGCCUCCCUUCAGCCACUUGCAAAGUGGUUUGGAGGAAUGUUUCUUCAAAGAGACUCAUCAACAGGCACAAAGAUCAGGCAUGGAUGGCAAUCCAAGGGGGAUUGCUACUCAGGACAUUCUUGCAUGCCAGACACCUGGGCAGAUACACGCACUGCCCCUUUUGCAUUAUCCAGGAGGAAACAUCUCAUCAUGUUUUCUGGGUGUGCUGCUGUGUUGCUUUAAGGACGCUUUAUGGUAUGCCAGAAACCGCCGCGUUCACCACCGGCAGAGGAUGUCCAUCGAGGACUGUCGCAGACUGA